GGCCAAAUUUAGGUCCCUUUUUUCAACACAUAAUAUUAUUCUGCAGGGUUGAAGAAAGAAACGGCGGAAGAGACACACCCCCUCCAAUGAUAAUAAUUACGACAGUUUUCAACCAAUUGCCUUUCGAAGAAAUCUUGAGUGCGGCACAGUCUGCUAAAAGAUGGCGGCGUUUCCACCUUUGCCACAGAUUGUUGGCAAGCAUGGCGGAAUUUAUGAGGCCUACUACUUGCAGGCAGACCCUUUAGGCACAGGAAGUAUUGGAGCUCUGGAUGCAGCAAAUUUUCUGAAGAAAUCAAAGUUAAAUGACACAACUUUAUCACAGAUAUGGGACCUUUCAGACCCAAUGGGCAAAGGGUACCUGGAGAAGACUGGUUUCUUUGUGGCCCUGAAGCUGAUCUCUUUGGUGCAAAGCUCUCAGGACAUGAACGUUUCCAAGCUCAGUUUGGAGACUCCAGCUCCAGAUUUGGGUCCAGUGGAGCCAGUGGAACCAGCCACACAGUCAGCAGCUUCAUCGAACGUUCCUUGGGACAUCACUGGGUCUGUGCGACAGCCAGAGUGCAGGCAAGCUGACCACAGACCAGUUUGCCCUGGCCAUGCACUUGAUCCAGCAGAAACUCCAGGGCUCCGACCCACCGUCCCAGCUGACCCCCGAGAUGGUGCCACCCUCCAUGAGGGCAGUCGCUGACCCGGGGGCUUUUGGCGUCAGGGAUGGAACAAAUGCCGGACCUUAUAGCCAUGUGGCAGAUUUCUCUGCCAUCAAGGAUUUGGAUCAGCUGAGCAAAGAAAUUGAAGACAUUAAGAAGGAGAAGUUGCAGCUGGAGCGAGACAAGGCCCAGCAAGAGGCGGACAUCAAGCUGCGGCACAGUGAGGUGCAGAUGCUGCAGAAGGAGCUGGACGGCCUCAACAACACGCUCAGCCAGCUGGACACCCAGAAGAAGGAGGCGCAGAAACGUCUGGACGAGCUUAAUGACAAGCGCUCAAACCUAGAGAGAAAUGUACAGGAGCUGAGGCAGGAGACAGACAAGGAGCAGAUGGAGGUGAACAAAAUGAAAUCUCUGCUCAGUAAUCGAGAGCAAAUCAUCAAGGAUCAAGAGCAGGAGCUGGAGAAGCUGCGGCGGGAGUUGACCGGUCUGCGGGACGAGGAAUCGAAACUGGAGCAGACGGCGGACAGCAGCAAGCAGCAGCUGGAGCAGCUGGCAAAGUCGCAGGCGGGCAUCAGUCAAGAAAUCAACACGACCAGGAAAAAGUUGGAGCAGCUACAGGAGCAGUACCGUAGCAUCGAUCCGACCAUGACCCCCUUCAGUAACGGUGACUCCAGCGUUGAAGCUGUCAGCAACAAGGCUACGUUUGCCAGCCCCAUGAGUACUGUGGGCAGCUUCGGUUUGGGCUCCAACGUGGACGACUUCAAAGAAGAUCCGUUCAAAGGUGCUGACCCCUUUGCCGGGGCUGCUGUGGUCUCUGCCGGCCAGGACGAUCCAUUCCAAAACGACGAUCCAUUCCGAGACAGUGAUCCCUUCAAGUCUGCCGACCCAUUUGGGUCCGAGGAUCCUUUCAAAGACGCAUUUGGCAAUUCCAGUUCCACAAACAAGUCGGACCCUUUCGGCAACCUUGACCCCUUUGGGAGCUCUUCUGGUCAAGCGUCCAGUGACGGUUUCGAUGCAUUUGGCUCUGCAUGGCCAACCACUCAAAGUUCCUCUAAGUCUAGUCAAAAGCAGAUAUCCUCAAGUUCUGGUGCAGAUCCCUUUGGAAGCCCUAGCAAGCCCAGCCUACCUGCCAAACAGAAAAAAGCUCCACCCCCUCGGCCCGCCCCUCCCAAAUCAAAAAGCCCAACGCCUUUCACAUCAUCAUCAUCGCCGGCACCAGCAUCAAAACCAAAAGUUGAUCCAUUCGGAGGCUUUGGCUCGGAUCCUUUCGGGGGCAACGAUCCUUUUGCAGGGUCAGGGGCCACGACCAACACUGGCAACAAUGCAGCCGAUCCUUUUGCCAAUUUUGCUGAUUUUAGUCCGGGAAAGUUUUCUGAGGAGGAUGACAGUGCCUGGGGCGGGGGCGGGGGACCCAGCACCAUCACGGUGAAGGACAGCGGCGGCCCGGCCCGGCCUCAGCCUGCCAAGAGGACAAUCAACCUGAACAACACCAGUGCCAGCAGGACCUACGACGACUCGGAGGCUUAGGCGCAAGGGAGAGAAUGUCAGGGACAGAACGUCAGGGGUG